GUCUCUUAGCCGGGUCGUCCCGGCUGGCGUGUAUUGUUAGGCCUAAAGUGUUAGCGGCACAGAUGACAAACAUUGCGCAUUCGGGAGUCUUUCCAUGAUGCACUUAAUCCAUGCGUGAUUCUUAACUUUCGGCAUAACGAAAGCGUUAUCCAACCAGAAGCGGCCGGCUGCUUGCUCUCCCCGCGCGCCGCGGCAGGUGUCCUCCACGCCCCGACCUCCCCUGUGCCCAAGGCUUUUUGGGCUCGGGUUCCAGGCGAAGCCACCCUAGAUCCGACAUUCUACAGUGACUUCUUUUUACCUUUCAGAUAACACCCAAGGCUUCUAGCUGUUUCAUUCAGACGUUUUCACCAACGCAACUACAUUAUUUCCAACAUCCUUUUCCAGGUUCCAUGAUAAGAAUAUACUAGCGGCGAAAGAACACCGAAUUGGGAGUCAGAAAGCCUGGGUUCUAGUCCUGACUGCCAUUAACUAGCGGUAUGACAUAGGAGAAGGCUUUUUGACCUCUCUGGACUCCAUUUUCCUUUUCUUUAAAAUGAGGGGCUUGGAAUAAGUAGCAAGUAAGGUUCCUUCCAGUUUGGGUAUUUGGUUUAUUGACCCCCCCAAUGUGUUUUUCGAAUCCCUGCGUCAGUGAAAUAGCUGUGCUUUGGUUAAUCUCCGGGUAGGACCUUUCCUCCCAUUAUAUUAAUCUGUGUCCUUGUUAAAUCUGGUUUUAGACUCAUUAAAAAAAUUUUUUUUGCCUGAGCAAUUCUGUGCUUCCUGAGCACUCUUUACUUCUUAGUUCAGGGAAAUGUACCUAAAUAAGAUUUUUUACACGUGCCAUUCUUGAGGUGUUUAAGAAUCAUUAUAUUGGAACAUUUUAAAGACAGUGAACCCCAAAGGAAGGGACUCUUGCUUAUUAAACUUUGACUCAACAACCUCAAAUGCAGUGCCUGGAAGAUGGUGCUCAUGAAAUGUCUGCUGAGGAGAAAACUAGUACUUCUUAUGUUAUUUUAGUUGCUCCUUCCCUUAAACACUGAAAAGCAAAGAUGUAGAAAUACAGUCUUGUGAUCAGAAGAAAUAGAAGACUCCAGGAGGAAGAGACUAUACUACUGAGUUCUGAGCUAUACUGUUGAGGAGAAAGAUGAACCAGAAGAUACUUAAGUUGGAGAACUUGCUACGAUUUCACACUAUUUGUAGGCAGCUGCACAGCCUGUAUCAAAGAAGAAUGUUGGCACAGUGGAGGCACGUGUUUUCAUCUGCUUACCCGGUGUGGCCAGCUCAGCUGUAUGCCCAGCCCUGGCAAACAGAUGCGCUCAUCAGAGCCGCUUUAUCUCAACAUAGGCUUCUGGUGACAAAGAAGGAAAAAAAAUCGCAGAAAUCUCAGUUAUCUUCAACAAAAUCUAAAAAGGAGGUGGAGGUAUGGAUUGGAAUGACUGUUGAGGAGCUGGCCAGAGCAAUGGAAAAAGACAUAGAUUGUGUAUAUGAAUCUUUAUUGAACACUGCUAUUGACAUAGAUUCACUAGAAGCACACUCACAUUUAGAUGAAGUCUGGAUCAAAGAAGUGAUAAAGAAGUCAGGGAUGAAGUUAAAAUGGAGCAAAUUAAAACAGGACAAAGUCAGAGAAAAUAAAGAUGCUGUAAAAAGGCCCCAGGCAGAUCCAGCUUUAUUAAUCCCAAGGUCCCCAGUUGUUACUAUAAUGGGCCAUGUUGAUCAUGGAAAAACGACGUUGCUUGACAAACUGCGAAAAACUCAAGUGGCAGCAAUGGAAGCUGGAGGCAUCACUCAGCACAUUGGUGCCUUUCUUGUUUCUCUGCCUUCUGGGGAAAAGAUAACCUUUCUUGAUACUCCAGGACAUGCUGCCUUCUCAGCAAUGAGAGCCAGAGGUGCUCACAUCACUGACAUUAUCAUAUUGGUUGUAGCUGCAGAUGAUGGAGUGAUGAAACAAACUGUAGAAUCCAUUCAGCAUGCCAAAGAUGCUCAAGUUCCUGUUGUCCUUGCCAUAAACAAAUGUGACAAAGCUGAGGCUGAUCCUGAGAGAGUGAAAAAAGAACUGCUAGCUUAUGAUGUGGUAUGUGAGGAUUAUGGAGGCGACAUUCAAGCAGUGCAUGUUUCUGCACUCACGGGCGAUAACCUGAUGGCUUUGGUAGAGGCAACAAUUGCUCUUGCAGAAAUGUUAGAAUUGAAAGCAGACCCUACUGGUCCAGUUGAAGGAACAGUAAUAGAAUCUUUCACAGACAAAGGAAGAGGUCCUGUUACUACAGCUAUAAUUCAAAGAGGAACUUUGAGAAAAGGCUCCAUUCUGGUUGCUGGAAAGAGUUGGGCAAAAGUACGCUUAAUGUUUGAUGAAAAUGACAAAGCAAUCAAUGAGGCCUGUCCCAGCAUGCCAGUGGGAAUUAUAGGCUGGAGAGACCUCCCUUCUGCAGGAGAUGAAAUUCUUGAAGUAGAAUCUGAGCCAAGGGCACGUGAAGUUGUUCACUGGAGGAAGUAUGAGCAAGAACAGGAGAAAAAUAAAGAGGAUCUGGAAUUAAUAGAAGAAAAGCGAAAGGAACACCAAGAAGCACAUCGGAAAGCCCGCGAGAAGUAUGGCACUUUGCCCUGGAAGGAGAGGUCAUUUAUAAAGUACAAAAUAAAAAAACAGCAGCAACCCUUAAAGCCAAAAGAAAAAGCAGGAGGAGAUUCAAAUGUACUUCCUAUAAUUAUUAAAGGUGAUGUUGACGGUUCCGUUGAGGCCAUUUUGAACAUUAUGGAUACCUAUGAUGCUUCACAUGAGUGUGAACUAGAGUUAGUACAUUUUGGUGUGGGUGAUAUUAGUGAAAAUGAUGUUAACCUUGCUGAAACAUUUCAUGGUGUUAUAUACGGCUUCAAUGUGAAUGCAGGCAAUGUUAUCCAGCAGUCGGCUGCAAAAAAAGGAGUAAAAAUUAAACUUCACAAAAUCAUUUACCGUCUUAUUGAAGAUUUGCAGGAGGAACUGAGCAGUAGAUUGCCCUGCAUUGUGGAAGAGCACACAAUAGGUGAGGCUUCUAUACUAGCUACCUUCUCUAUAACAGAAGGGAAGAAAAAAGUUCCUGUGGCCGGCUGCAGAGUCCAAAAGGGACAGUUAGAAAAGCAAAAAAAAUUUAAAUUAAUACGUAAUGGACAUGUUAUUUGGAAUGGCUCAUUAAUCUCACUGAAACACCAUAAAGAUGAUAUUUCAGUCAUCAAAACUGGAAUGGAUUGUGGUCUUAGUUUGGAUGAAGAGAAGAUAGAAUUUAAAGUGGGAGAUGAUAUUGUCUGUUAUGAAGAAAAAGAAGUUCUAGCCAAGACUUCUUGGGAUCCAGGAUUUUAAAAUUAUGUUAAAGAUAUAAAUUAUUAAAUGUUUUGCUUUAUUACAGA